AUGCUGAUGAGUGUGUUUUUGCUGUCUGACUCGUAAGCUUUGCAACCUGUACAAUAGGCCAAAACAAAAAAAAGCUGCCAUUGGCCAUACAGACAUAAUAUUAUACCAUGUUUUGUGUUGAGCCCAGACAACAUAAAGCCCCGGGGUUACAAAUCUUCACAAUUUCAACCACUGUGUGUCUAUCCUGUACCAUAUUGUACAAUCGCAUACGGAUGUGUGGCCCACUGAAUAAUAAGUUUUCGCUGUACAGUAUAUUUUAUAUAUAUAUAUAUAUAUAUAUAUAUAUAUAUAUAUAUAUAUAUAUAUAUAUAUAUAUAUAUAUAUAUAUAUUUUUUUUUUUUAUAAUAAUAGUUAAAAAAUGACGCCCACAAAUUUGUUGAACUUCAAGCCAUACUGCAAUGAUGGUUCUCAGCUCUCUGGUGGCUUUCUAACAUAAACAUACUAUUGAAUCAUAAGAGAGAAGAGGUUGCGGGGAAUCGUUUAUGAACAACAUUAAUGGCAUGACCUGGAAAGCUCUAUUUGAGAGUCAAUGAAAUCUGAUCAGGCUUUUAUAUAGAUGUGAAAGAGAGCCAUUGGCAAUCAAAUAAAAUGAUAUUUCUUGUCAGAUCAUUGACUGACUGAUCAGGCUGCCAUUGACUCUUUCUGUGGUCCAGCAUGUGUUGUGCCUGAGGUUAGGAAGUUGCAAGCAAUCGAACAUUUGAGAAUGUCUAUGUGUGUUCAAACAGCCAGGAGGGGCAUUGCUUUUAUUGACUGAUUCGCAUACCAAUGGGUCCCAGACACAUUCUCUAUAUCAGUGGUCUUCAAAGCAUUCCUAGUCAAUUGCGAAACAUUUCUAUAAACAUUUCUAUAAAAAAAAUAUAUAUAAAGCCUUGCAUUCCUACUUUCUUCUGUCUGACAGUAGGCACAACUAGAGAGACUGUCAAUGAAUACAGCAAAGAGCUGCUGUUUUUAUGAGGGAGUUCAGCACAGUCAACACUUUGUAUUCAACACUUUUCUAAGCCAUGAAAUGUGAUUCUCCACUCGUGCUGCAACCAGCACCGCAGCUUCAAUGAAUGAGUACCAAAGUAUCAAUAGACUUGCCUUGUCUAUUAGCGGCAGGGGGUUGUUUAAUAUGGAGGAAUAUUUCACUUUCUCUGGUCACAGGAGUAACAACAUGAAUUUGUGCAUGAGGCAGAAGUAAUGCGAUGUGACUAGAGUUUCGCUGUCAGCUCGAAGACGGUGUCCCCUUUUUGGUCAAUCAUAGCGGAGGGGGGAGAGCGGAGGGAUGGUCCGACGGUGAGAGGCGGAACCUCUGAUAUUCUCCCUCUGCUGAGACUGACCAUCAGAUGCAGGCACCAUCAGUCCAGUAAAAUAAACAAAGCGAAUUAUUUACACUACCAGUCAAAAGUCUGGACACACCUACUCAUUCAAGGGUUUUUCUUUAUUUUUACUAUUUUUUACAUUGUAUAAUAAUAGUGAAGAAAUCAAAACUAUGAAAUAGCACAUAUGGAAUCAUAUAGUAACCAAAAAAGUGUUAAACAAAUCAAAAUAUAUUUUAUAUUUGAGAUUCUUCAAAUAGCCACCCUUUGCCUUGAUGACAGCUUUGCACACUCUUGGCAUUCUCUCAACCAGCUUCAUGAGGUAGUCACCUGGAAGGCAUUUCACUUAACAGGUGAAUUUAUUUCCUUCUUAAUGUGUUUGAGCCAAUCAGUUGUGUUGUGACAAGGUAGGGGUGGUAUACAGAAGAUAGCCCUACUGGGUAAAAUACCAAGUCCAUAUUAUGGCAAGAACAGCUCAAAUAAGCAAAGAGAAAUGACAGUCCAUCAUUACUUUAAGACAUGAAGGUCAGUCAAUAUGGAAAAUGUCAAGAACUUUAAAAGUUUCUUCAAGUGCAGUCGCAAAAACCAUCAAGCACUAUGAUGAAACAGGCUCUCAUGAGGACCGCCACAGGAAUGGAAGACCCAGAUUUUCCUCUGCUGCAGAGGAUAAAUUCAUUAGAGUUACCAGCCUCAGAAAUUGCAGCUGUGUGAUUCAGGCACACUUAACCAGCAUGGCUACCACAGCAUUCUGCAGCGAUACGCCAUCCCAUCUGGUUUGGGUUUAGUGGGACUAUCAUUUGCUUUUCAACAGGACAAUGACCCAACACACCUCCAGGCUGUGUAAGGGCAAUUUUACCAAGAAGGAGAGUGAUGGAGUGCUGCAUCAGAUGACCUGGCCCAAUUGAGAUUGUUUGGGAUGAGUUGGACCGCAGCCAACAAGUGCUCAGCACGUGGGAACUGCUUCAAGACUGUUGGAAAAGCAUUCCAGGUGAAGCUAUGUGUUAUUUCAUAGUUUUGCUGUCUUCACUAUUAUUCUACAAUGUACAAAAUAGUAAAAAAUUAAGAAAAACCCUUGAAUGAGCAGAUGUGUCCAAACUUUUGACUGGUACUGUAAAUUUAUGCUCACUCAGCUAUGCCUCACAAGUACAACAAAUGAUUAUCUAUUACCAGUGUGAUCAUAUACCUAAGGUUUUGAAUGACUGUAUAAUUGGUCUGAGAAGAACAGCAUUGGCAGGGCAUUUCAACAAAGCAAAUUUGCAGUGAUUAUGUAUUGGGCCUGUAGCCUACUGCACAAAUUUCAUUGCUACAGAACUGUUUUAAAUGUUUUUUUAAGUUAUGUUAUUUUUUUUUAUUCUGAGCGAUAGAUAUUGGUAUGCAUUUUGACUCAGAAAAUGCGAAGUAAAAAGGCGUGGCUGGAACAGGUUAAAAAUGGCGGACAAAAACCAGGACAGAAACAAGGAAGGAGAGAAGAGGAAAGAGAGUAUCUUUGACCUGUCAAAGUACAUUGAUAAACAAAUCUGUGUGAAGUUUCAGGGAGGACGAGAGGCCAGUGGAGUUCUGAAGGGGUUUGACCCCCUGUUGAACCUGGUAAUGGAUAGCACCAUCGAGUACUUGCGGGAUCCUGAUGACCAGUUCAAGCUAACUGAGGACACGCGGCAGCUGGGCCUGGUGGUUUGUAGAGGGACGUCCGUGGUGCUCAUCUGUCCUCAGGACGGCAUGGAAGCCAUCCCCAAACCCUUCAUCCAGCAGCAGGACAGAUAG